AUGACAGUAUUGCUCGAUAACUGUAUUGUGUUCAGUGCGUAUGACAAACACAAUGUGCUACUUUAUUUGGAGUUGCCGUUGCGAAAAACUGAUCUGUCACCAAAUUGGAUGUGUGCCUUUAUUUACGGGAACGACACCACACACAUACACAAUCUACGAAUUUGUACGAAACCAGAGGUGCAAAAGUUUGGCAAACGAUGUCCAAAUGAAAUCAAUAAAAACAGUGGAACCAAUUAA